AUGGACCGCCUCCUCGAAAGCUAUCGACCGAGACUGAGGAGCAAGAAAUGGCGGUGGAACCUUUCCAGCAAUGGUUUGAACAUUGCUGUCGUCGCAGGAUGGCUCCUCCACUGCGAGCUUCACAAGGGUAGUGAUGCCGCCAUGACGCACAUCGCCUUUCGGCGGGACGUCACCAUGUCCUUGCUGCAGCUCAAGCAGAAACUCACUGUAAGACCUGGACCCCGGGUUCAUCCUAGACAUGAGGACAGAAAAACUGGUGGCCACUACAUCAUCUCAACGACUCAGGGAAGGUGCGCGGAAUGCAAGAAGAAUACAACGAAUCAGUGCCAGCAGUGCAAAAAGCGGCUGCACAAGAAAGUCUUUGCCGCUUACCACGGUUUGUGA